ACACCAGCCCUCAGUCACUGGGAGAAGAACCUCUCAUACCCUCGGGGAAUAAAAGCUUCAUUCCUGAGUCAGUGAGAGCUUCAAUGAAGCCCAGAUGUCGUUCGUGCUGAAAGAACCAGAACAACUCUCUGCUCCCUGCCAAGCACGAAGCGGUUGUGACCCCAGGAAACCACAGUGACUUUGGCUCUGGUUCAGCUGACAUGCUCAAGUCUAGCCACAAAUUACCAGAAAGCAGCUGAGGAAAGUCUAGAAUUUCUCCUGGGGGCAGAGGCGGUCCAGGAGUCUGGCUCCAGGGUGAACCCCUUCUUCCCAGAGCAGCACGGGACCCUUCGGAGGCUCGACUCCACCAGCCCUGCCGCUGCCUUCCCCCUGCCUUUCCCGCCCUCUCUUCGCAUUGGGUUUUGCCUUCAAAAUAGCAGACUCCAAGCCACCUGAAGUGCUGCAGAACAGCAUUUUUGACAGCUUCAAGUCGCCUUGUGGCUUGUCUCAGCUGCUGCUGUGCUUUAGAAACAAAAUUCCAGGCUCUCCAUGUUUCUGUGUGUGGAAAACACCGGAGAGAGUUUGGGGAGGGAGACAAAAGGGCUCAUUGAAAACCCAGACAGGCUUGAACCGUGCUCCAGUCCCCAGCUCACUCGGCCACACACACCAUGUGUGAAGAGGAGACCACCGCGCUUGUGUGUGACAACGGCUCUGGCCUGUGCAAGGCAGGCUUCGCAGGAGAUGAUGCCCCCCGGGCCGUCUUCCCCUCCAUCGUGGGCCGCCCUCGUCACCAGGGUGUGAUGGUGGGAAUGGGCCAGAAAGACAGCUAUGUGGGGGAUGAGGCUCAGAGCAAGCGAGGGAUCCUAACUCUCAAAUACCCCAUUGAACAUGGCAUCAUCACCAACUGGGAUGACAUGGAGAAGAUCUGGCACCACUCCUUCUACAAUGAGCUGCGUGUAGCACCUGAAGAGCACCCCACCCUGCUCACAGAGGCUCCCCUAAAUCCCAAGGCCAACAGGGAGAAGAUGACCCAGAUCAUGUUUGAAACCUUCAAUGUCCCUGCCAUGUACGUCGCCAUUCAAGCUGUGCUCUCCCUCUAUGCCUCCGGCCGCACGACAGGCAUCGUCCUGGAUUCAGGUGAUGGUGUCACCCACAAUGUCCCCAUCUAUGAAGGCUAUGCCCUGCCCCAUGCCAUCAUGCGCCUGGACCUGGCUGGCCGUGACCUCACGGACUACCUCAUGAAGAUCCUAACAGAGAGAGGCUAUUCCUUUGUGACCACAGCUGAGAGAGAAAUUGUGCGAGACAUCAAGGAGAAGCUGUGCUAUGUGGCCCUGGAUUUUGAGAAUGAGAUGGCCACAGCAGCUUCCUCUUCCUCCCUGGAGAAGAGCUAUGAGCUGCCAGAUGGGCAGGUUAUUACCAUUGGCAAUGAGCGCUUCCGCUGCCCUGAGACCCUCUUCCAGCCUUCCUUUAUUGGCAUGGAGUCCGCUGGAAUUCAUGAGACAACCUACAAUUCCAUCAUGAAGUGUGACAUUGACAUCCGUAAGGACUUAUAUGCCAACAAUGUCCUCUCUGGGGGCACCACCAUGUACCCUGGCAUUGCUGACAGGAUGCAGAAGGAGAUCACAGCCCUGGCCCCCAGCACCAUGAAGAUCAAGAUUAUUGCUCCCCCAGAGCGGAAGUACUCAGUCUGGAUCGGGGGCUCUAUCCUGGCCUCUCUCUCCACCUUCCAGCAGAUGUGGAUCAGCAAGCCCGAGUAUGAUGAGGCAGGGCCCUCCAUUGUCCACAGGAAGUGCUUCUAAAGUCAGAACAGUUUCUCCAAGAAUCCCCUCGAGACUACUCUGUUACCAGUCAUGAAACAUUAAAACCUACAAGCCUUA